AUGGAAUUUCCAAUAGAGGGGCCGGUUCAAGGCGACACGGGAACUUCUUAUGUUAUACAGACUAAAAAGCUCUCCUACACUUUCCACAGUCUGUAUGAUGAAUAUAGACAUUUUUUAUUUUGGAAGAGUGUUAAGGUAUCGCCAAGGUUCAUCGUCAAGAAUGUGGAUUUCGAGGCGAGGCCGGGGGAAAUCACAGCAAUUGCAGGUCCUAGUGGAGCAGGGAAAACUACACUGUUGGAGAUUCUAGCUGGGAAGAUUUCACCUAGGAAGGUUUCUGGUGAGGUGCUGGUUAAUGAUCAUCCUAUGCACAUCGACAGUUAUCGUAGACUGUCGGGUUAUGUUACUCAAGACGACGUCUUAUUCCCACUUCUUACUGUCGAAGAAGUCCUGAUUUAUGGUGCGCUUUUGAGGGUUCCGGGUGGGAAAGGAGUGGCUAAGCAUAGAGUUAAGAUGCUGAUGAAGGAGCUUGGACUUGAACAUAUAUCUGAUUCAAGAAUCGGUGAAGGUUCAAGCCAUGGCAUUUCUGGUGGGGAAAGGAGGAGGGUGUCAAUUGGGAUGGAAUUGGUCCACGACCCUGCGGUUUUGCUCAUCGAUGAACCAACUUCAGGCUUGGAUUCAGCAUCGGCCCUUCAUGUUAUUUCUCUGCUGAAAUUAAUGGCUGUCAAUCAAGGUAANGUUAAGGUAUCGCCAAGGUUCAUCGUCAAGAAUGUGGAUUUCGAGGCGAGGCCGGGGGAAAUCACAGCAAUUGCUGGUCCUAGUGGAGCAGGGAAAACUACACUGUUGGAGAUUCUAGCUGGGAAGAUUUCACCUAGGAAGGUUUCUGGUGAGGUGCUGGUUAAUGAUCAUCCUAUGCAGAUCGACAGUUAUCGUAGACUGGCGGGUUAUGUUACUCAAGACGACGUCUUAUUCCCACUUCUUACUGUCGAAGAAGUCCUGACUUAUGGUGCGCUUUUGAGGGUUCCGGGUGGGAAAGGAGUGGCUAAGCAUAGAGUUAAGAUGCUGAUGAAGGAGCUUGGACUUGAACAUAUAUCUGAUUCAAGAAUCGGUGAAGGUUCAAGCCAUGGCAUUUCUGGUGGGGAAAGGAGGAGGGUGUCAAUUGGGAUGGAAUUGGUCCACGACCCUGCGGUUUUGCUCAUCGAUGAACCAACUUCAGGCUUGGAUUCAGCAUCGGCCCUUCAUGUUAUUUCUCUGCUGAAAUUAAUGGCUGUCAAUCAAGGUAAAACAAUUAUCCUGACCAUCCAUCAACCUGGAUUUCGAAUCCUCGAGUUGUUUGACAGACUUGUUCUGCUCUCAAAUGGAUAUGUCCUGCACAAUGGUUCAUUAGAAUUACUCGAAGAACGGCUCAAAAAAGCUGGUUAUCACAUACCUCCACAUAUCAACGUGCUCGAAUUUGUCAUCGAUAUCUCUAGUAGCAUAACCAUACAAACUUCAGAAUCUCCCAACAGCAAGUCCGUUUUCGAAACUGAUGUAGAAAGUGAAGGAAGUGCAGAAAAUGGUUAUCACAGUGUAAGAAUUUCGACUUCCUGUGACAAGAAAAAAAUUACAUCUUACUCAAAUUCUCAAUUUCAGGAGGUUCUAAUUCUAGGGGAAAGAUUUUGCAAGAACAUUUUCAGAACCAAAGAACUCUUUGCAACACGAAUAAUUCAAGCUGUGGUAGUGGGAUUCAUACUCGGUACAAUAUACAUGAAUGUCACCAAUAAUAUAGGGAAGGUUGCUUUACAAACCCGACUUGGAUUCUUCGCUUUCAGUCUCAGUUUCUUGCUAUCCUCCACGACGGAGGGCCUGCCAAUUUUCCUGCAAGAGAGAAGAAUAUUAAUGAGAGAGACAUCAAGAGGAGCAUAUAGGGUAUUAUCUUAUGUUUUAGCAAACACCAUUGUGUUCCUUCCUUUUCUCUUAAUGGUUGGUCUACUCUUCAGUACCUCAGUUUACUGGCUAAUCGGCCUGAGGCGCGAUUUGGAUGGUUUUCUCUAUUUCUCCCUGGUGGUUUGGGUGGUUGUCCUUAUGUCAAAUUCUUUCACGGCAUGCUGCAGUGCACUUGUGCCGAACUUUAUAAUGGGUACAUCUAUAAUUUCAGGGCUAAUGGGGGCCUUCUUUCUCUUCUCUGGGUAUUUUAUUGCUCAGGAGAAUAUACCCAGCUACUGGAUCUUCAUGCAUUACUUGAGCCUGUUCAAGUACCCUUUCGAGAGUUUGAUGAUAAAUGAAUACGGAGGAAAAGGAAGCAACAAGUGCUUGGAAAUUUUAAGUGGUCAAUGCAUCCUAUAUGGAAAUGGGUAUUUGAAACAGCAGGGUCUUAAAGAGUCACAGAAGUGGACUAACAUGGCUGUGAUGUUGAGUUUCGUCUUAGGUUACAGAGUUCUCUGUUUUCUCAUUUUAUGGUUCAGAUGUUACAGAACCAGAUAUUAA